AUGAAAAUGAGUCAAGAGGUGCAGAGGUAUGGCUUGGACUCUCUGCUGCUGAAGGGGACAGUGGAGUCCAUCGUUCCUGUGAUGCAGCCUCUAGGGGGCAGCAUGGACCCCACAGACCACAGAAGAGUCCGCUACUUCCAGGUCGGGCUCCGGGACGGCUCGGAGCUCCUGGCCCGCCACGUUGUCAUGGCAACUGGACCGACUCGGGCGCAGAUGGCCAACGUCCCGUCCUGGGUGUCCGCCAUAGGAGAGAAUUACCCAGAGGGGGCGCUGCAGCACACUGUCCGCCUGAUGCAUCACCUGCCCCUGAGUCAGACCUCACAAACACAAGGUCAGCAGGUUGUGUGCACAGAGGGUCAGAGGGUGAUGGUCGUGGGAGGAGGUCUGACCAGUGCACAUGUCGUCUCCAUUGCUCUCCAGCAGGGGGCGAGCCACGUCACCUGGGUCAUGAGGAAGUACUUGCAGUUGAAGCAGUUUGACGUGGGCGACGUGGAGAGCCUGGUGGGGCGCUACUCUCACGUGGAGCACGGCAUUCAGAUGGACGGACGACCGUUCCUGCUUCAGUUUUACAGCGAGAAAAGCCUCCACAGACGCCUGGCCAUGAUCCGACAGGCACGGAAGGGAGGAGCAGUGACGCCCGAGGCCUACGCCCACCUGCAGCCUUUUAUCCAGGCGGGCCGCGUGCAGAUCCAGACCCACUGUGAGGUGAAUGAAGCCAGAUGGUGCUACAGGAGCCAGGCGUGGUCCCUCGCUCUCACCACUGGGGGGCAGUGGAGCGGGGACGUGAUCUGGCUCGCGACCGGGUGCAAACUGGAUGUGAAGCAAGACCCCCUGCUGUGCGACGUCUUCAAAGAGUUUCCCAUUCAGGUGCUGGACGGCUUGCCCUGUGUCUCAGAGAGUCUGCAGUGGACUGAGGGCUGUCCUCUGUAUGUGAUGGGACAAUACUCUGCUCUCCAGAUCGGGCCCCAUGCUGUGAACCUGGCUGGAGGACAAGCAGCGAGUUACAGAAUCGCAAAACACAUCCAACACCAGCUUCAACCUCAGACAGAAGACCAGAGACACCAGAGCCACAAGUCCAAACCAGAGGAGUUUGUCAACCAGAUGCACAGUUUAAUGUGGCUUUAG